UGCGAAGUGCGAAUUUCAAAGGAUGGCUGAGUUUCGAAAACUGCAAAUUAGGUUGAGGCGGCUGCGGAGGCUUCUCCGGCGCAAGCCUGGCAGGGUCAGCCCUUCAGGGGCCAGCAAAAAGCCCUCCUGGAGGUGCCCCUGUUUCAGGAGAAAAAAGCUGGAAGCCAAGCCAGAACCGCAGAUGCUGCAGGAGGAGGAGUCCAUCCCCUCGCCCGAGCAACUCACGAGGGAUGAAUUCUUCCUCUUCUCCCUGGUACGGAGCUGCGAGGAAGCCUGGGCGAGGGGCCAGGACACCCUCCCCUCUCCCAAGGAUGCUGCAGCCCGUGCGAUUGGGGACAUCCUCGACAGAUUCCAAAACUUCAGCUUCAUGAAGCCCCCAUUUGAGGAGAACCAGAGGACCGCCCUGCUCAAUGUGGCCUUUUUCCCUGUCUAUAAGCUGACCCAACUGUCUGAGGAUAACGAGGAUCUGGAGGACAGGUUACAGUCCAUGCUGAGGGGCCUGCUAGCAGAGGCCCCGACCCUGAAGACUUUGUCUGCCAUGUUGGAAGAGUUGAGUUUUUACAUCAUUUCGGAGGAAGAGGAGGAACGGGAUCUGGCUGCCAGCAGUGUUGAAUGGCUGCUGGCGUAUGCCAUCAGGCUGCCCAACCUGACCAGGAACUCCAGGUAGAGGACUUGGAAUGAGACAGUAUGAGAGACGAGUCCUAAGAGACGAGUUCCUCUUCUCGAACCCGGAUCCAGGCAUUCUGUGGACAGCGAUGAUGGAGGGACCACUGCGUGUGGUUUAUACUUGUGUGGUUUUCUUUGUUUUGAGGUUUUUGUGUAU